AGCUCGUCUCUGCCGAGAAACAGGGGUGGGCAGUGCUUGCAUCUGUUACCAGUGGUCGCUGGUGUCUGGGAUUUGCCAGUUCCUGUGUGCCCAUGGGAAUCGUGUUCUGGCUCCUUGACAGUGCUAUAGGAGAAGCUGAUGCCCUGAGCAGUGAGCCUGGGGGACAAGAGAGUGUGGAUUGCCUCCUGCCUUGCCUCUUCUCACAGCCCCCUGUGGUGAGCUCUCACGUGGCAGAGGACGAGGGUGGAGGAGAUCAGCCACGUGAAGCUGGGGCCGUGGGGCUGAGCCAAAGGGCUUCUGACCUGUGGGCUGUGGCAACUGGGGCUCCUCACCACCCUGCAGCAGAGACCACUGGCUCCUGCCACGUAGAUGCCUUCAGGGGAGUGGACAACUCCAGCUGAACUGAUGAAUCUUGGCACCUGAUACAAGGCUCAGCUUCUGAUAUGAAGAAGGAUAUAGAGUCUUUAAUAGCCCAGGAAAAAGCAGAAAUCGUCGCCAAGUAUGAGAAGGGCAGACAGGAAGGAGCUCAGAUUGACCAAUGGGAAGAUGCCGAUUUCACUCUCUACAAAGUUACAGACCGGUUUGGAUUCCUGCACGAGCAGGAGCUGCCAACCCGCACCGCCUUGGAGGAGAAGCAAAAACAGCAGGAAAUAGAACGCGUGGACAAGUGGCUUAAGAUGCUGAAGAAGUGGGGCAAGUACAGAAAUAGUGACAAGAUGUGCCGGCGUGUGUACAAAGGGAUCCCGCUUCAGGUGCGAGGCCAGGUCUGGUCACUUCUGCUGGAUGUUGAGAAGAUGAAGAAGGAGAAUGAAGGAAAAUACGAGCAAAUGAAAGAACAAGCCAAGAGUUUUUCAUCGGAAAUCAAGCAGAUAGAUUUGGAUGUUAACCGCACCUUCCGAAACCACAUCAUGUUCCGGGAGCGCUACGGAGUGAAGCAACAGGCACUCUUCCACGUCCUGUCAGCAUACUCGGUUUAUAAUACUGAAGUGAGCUACUGCCAAGGGAUGAGCCAGAUUGCAGCCAUCCUCCUGAUGUACUUGAACGAAGAGGAUGCAUUCUGGGCGCUGGCGCAGCUGCUCACCAACCAGCGGCACGCCAUGCACGGUUUUUUCAUUCCUGGAUUCCCAAAGCUGCAGAGGUUUCAAGCCCACCACGAGCAAAUUUUAAACAAACUGUUCCCCAAACUGAAGAAGCACAUGGACAAGGAGCAGAUGACCACUGGGAUUUACACAACCAAGUGGUUCCUGCAGUGUUUCAUUGACCGGACCCCAUUCACGCUGACCUUGCGGCUGUGGGAUAUCUACAUCCUGGAAGGGGAGCGGGUGCUGACCGCCAUGGCUUACACCAUCCUCAAACUGCACAAAAAGCGCUUGCUGAAGAUGACACUGGAAGAUUUACGUGAAUUUCUGCAGGAGAAGAUUGCUGCUUCCCUGCAGUACGAGGACGAUGCUGUCAUCGAGCAGCUGCAGGUGUCAAUGACUGAACUGCGAAAGAUGAAGUUUGACCUGCCCCCACCAGCAAAGCCUGAGGAGUUUCCAAGGAAACCCCUGGGCCUGGAGCUCUCCCUCAACCCAGUAGCCAUAAAGGAAAACACAGCAGCCAAUGGCCAGAAUGGCCAGGUGGGUGAGCGCACUCCAGACAGGGAGCCCCAAACCGACAGAGUUCCUGGCACACCAGGAGGAAUGACAGUGGUGGAAGCGAGGAUUCUCACCUUCCAGGGUAGUGAAGCAGCUGAAGCAACAAACGCGCCUGUAUCGGGUGGGCGGCCACCGGAUGAGGAGGGUCAGGUGGAGCCCAUCAUGGACGGGCAGCCAUCAUCUCUUCUGAAGGCAAGCGAGACACAGGCCCAGCAACACCUCCUGCCCACGGUCCUGCCUCCAGAGCAGCCCCUUCUUGCUCCUGGCUGUGCCGUGGUGGACCAUGGAGUCUCCCUCCAUGCCCCAGCUGCACACAGCUCCUUAGACUCCUCUCUCCAAAACAGGCCGGCUCCUCCCGACUCCAGCACCGCUGAGCCUUCUGCUACGGACCAGGCAGCGUGGCAGCCAAAUCCCUCUGCCCUGCCAGCAGGAGAACAGGACCAGGCAGCAUGGCAGCCAAAUCCCGCUGCCCUGCCAGCAGGAGAACAGGACCAGGCAGCAUGGCAGCCAAAUCCCACUGCCCUGCCAGCAGGAGAACAGGCAUCUUCCCUGAGCAGAGACACAGUGCUCGAAGCAGCCCCCCAUCCUCUGCCAGCCGGCUGCCAGCAGCUGUCCCAGACAUCACAGAGCCAUGGCUCCCCCGAGAGCGAGCGCGGGGAGGAGGCGGUGGAUGACAGGCACUGCAGGGCGGUGCUGCCGGACAAAAUGGGCCUGAAGCGCUCGGCAUCCAAAGCUGCAUCCACAGGGGAGCUCCUCAGCCUGCAGCACAAUGGGCUGGGCAGUCCCGCCAGCACCACGCGCUGGCCCGAGGCCGUGCUGCCCGCGCACAGGCAGGCAGGGGGCAGUGUGCCCCUCUUGUCCAGCAGAGAGCCGGAGGCAGCAGGGCUGGCCGAGGGCUGCCCCACCCAGCGGGCACCGUCCCCUGUGGUGGAAGGGAACAGCCCCUAUGUCGUUAUCAAAACCACCACUCCCCUGCACCUGGCCCAUGCGACAGAGCAGGACUUCUUGAACAGAAAGCAGGUGGCAUUGCCUUUGUCAGAGACUGGACAUCCUCUGCCUACCACCUCAAUGCCACCACCUCUUAUGCUGGACCCAGAGGAGGCAGAGGUCCAGAAAAGCCUCCAGAAACCAUUAAAUGCACUGAAAGCCCCACGACCCCCACUGAGCCCCAAACCAAAAUUACCACCACAGGUUGCCAAAUCCCGCUCAGAGAACAGUUUCCUUUCAGGCUCUCCUUCCCUGGCAAAGCUGCCCAAAUCGGUGACAUUUUAGUGGGGAUGGGAAGGGGAAGUUAAGGGAGAAGAAGUGGGUUCUGGAGAAGCACCCUUGCCCCAUUUACAGGAUCCUCUUCUGUCAGCAGGGCUGUCAGGGUGACAGCACAGCACCAUCGCACGUCACGCUGUGCUUUGGUACGAGUGCCCAGUGAGGAGAUGAAGCGGUGGCCACCAGCACUAGGAGACACCAGCAGAUUGGAUUUGCAUGUUUCCUAUGGACAAAAUGGAAAAUGCUUUCAGGUUUUGCUCCUCAAAGCUCCCCAAGUCUCAUCACGUGGGGGAAGGGGCAGGGCUGGUGAGUUCGUUGCGUGUUUUCUCCUGCUCCUGUCUGUGGGAACCCGCGACCAAGCAAGCAGGCACAAGGUGUCGGAAUCCGAAACGCUUUCUUUACAAUGCCCCAUUGGCGCAGCUACAGCAUUGCUUUCAAAGGCCUUUGUAGCAAUAGAUCUUUAUUUCAUUUCCCAGACCUGCAGUUGUAGGCAGCAGAAUUUCCAGGCAGUGCCAUGGCAUCCUGGCAGGACACAGGCAGCCCGCUGCCCCCUCUAUGCAAUUCCACAAAGCAGUGCCCAGCUGUAUCUGGCUCCUGCUGCCGUGGUGGAUGGUGUUUAGGAGGACAGAUUUAACAGCUGCUGAGUCCCUUGGACAUCUCCUUGGUGUCAGCCCGGUGGGGGCGCUGCCAGCAGAGUGGUCCUUUCCCAGGUUCUUAGGGCAACAAGGACAGUGAUGAAGGUGGAGCCUGGUCUCUUGGGCCGAGUGCCCUUUCUGUUGGCCUUUCCUUCCCAGGGCCAGCACAGCGAGCAGGCUCGCUGCCUUUCUGUUCCUCAGACAGGAGAAGGGGCUGCUGGCUCAGGAAACCCGCCUGCACUACCCAGCUGCUGGACGCGUGAUGGCAUCUAAUCACAGUGCCGCAGAUAAGUCCACUUUUGCUUUGAGUAAGUUAAGUGUCAGAGUGGAAAGGGCAUAGGAAUUGGGGAAGGGGGAGCACAUUGCCCAGAACCUAAUCUUAGUCCUUCUGGUUGAGCCCACAGAGAAUUAACAACAGGAAGGAAAGUUGGACAUGAUGGGUGCCCACAUGCCCACUUGCCCUUCAUGCAUUAAGUCCUAAAGGUCUGUCCAUCUCCUCCCCAUCCCAAGGUGCAGCUGCUGCACAGCCCAGGCCAUUGGCCGGAGAUGAGCAAGGAUCUGGGGAGACACCUCAUAGAAAGAGCUGGUCCAAAAUUCUGAUUCCAGUAUCUACUUCACCCUUAGAAGGGACUUCAUCAGGAAGGCAGAUCAGUGAAAAAGCAGGAAGUAAUCCAGAUAUGCUGGAUUUGACUUUGCUGUCCAGAAGGGGUAGCUGCAAGUGCAACCUUAGGUGGGACUGCAAGUGGGAUUCCCAUUCCUUCAACAGAGAUCCUGGGCAAAAGCUCCUAUAAGUUCUAAUGAGACUUUGAAAACUAAUUUUUUUUUAUAUCUCAAAGGCUGCUUCAAUUGCAUAACCUGAUCUAAAGCCUACCUGAAAGCCCAGCAGAAAACUUCCACUAAAUUACUUUGUGGGUUCCAGGAGCUGGACUUGAUGAUGCUGGUGGAUGCCUUCCAGCUCAGCAUAUUCUAUGGUUCUAUGAUUUAUCAGGGUUUAUUUUGCCUUGUGUACGUGCGGUGGUUUAUGUUUGACAGGGAGUGUCAAAGGGAGCACUGGAUUUUUGUUUGGAUGUAGCCAGCCAGACCACAGCACCCUCAGCUUUCAUUGGAACCCCAGCUCUGUCCCAAACCCCAUCUUCUUCCACUGAGCCUCCAACCUUGCCCAUCCUCUCCCUCUGUAGAGCAGGGAAAACCCUAUUAGCUACCUCGCAGGGGUGUUGUGAGGAGUCAAGCAUUGCUGUUUGAGGAAAAGUGCUCUUUGAAUGUUCAGUAUUUGUGUUUUGAGACACCACAGGUCCUUUCUAGGACAAUGGUGCUUGAAUUGUUUUUAAUUUAGAGUAUGUUUUUCCGUAACUGUGCAUAGUUAAAUGUUAUUUGUGUGUUAAAAUACCUGAGCAGUAUUUCAGGACAGAUAUCCAUUGCCUUUUGCUAGCAGCCCACUGGCCACAGCAGCUUACUGGGAAGCAACGAGAAGCAUCUGAGAGCUGUUGGUCACAUCUUGGCUUCUGUAGCUUGGGGCUCUGUCCUCUCCUUGAAGCCCACACAGGACUCCUAAUGCAUCUGAGCAUCACGCAUGCAAGAGCUGAGACCUCUUUCCCCUUGUUUUAACCCAUUUUCCCUCAUUUCAGGCACACAGCCUUUGCACAUCAUGUUUCUUGUGCACCCAGACUCCUCACACAGUGUGUCUGGGAUGUUUUGCAGUAUUAACAUUUUAAAAAGGUGGUUUGCUCUAAUUUUGGAGAGCUGUCAAAUGUACAGUACUCAUUGCAUGGCAUUUGGUGCAUGAUGUUCAACGUGAAUUUUGAUGGGGAAAGUGGUGGGAGUUGUCUUUCUCUCCAAGCCCUAAUGGGAAUGAGCAGCAAGGUCCUCAGUCAUCUUCAGGCCUGGGGGAACCACCAGCAACACGCAUUGCUGUCCUUGGUGUGAUGCUCUCACUGGAACACACCAAUGCAUGAUCCCCAAGGAGAUGCCCACUCCUGUCUAUCUCCUCUUGCUGCAACAAAGCUGCAGCCAUGGUGGGUCUGCAGCAGCAUGGCCCAGCCUCAGCUCUUUUGCAGGAAUAGGAAGGGAAGGAGCAGGAUGAGGGUGGCAGCUCAGCAGGACAAAUUACCUAACCAAGCCACUUGCAGCCCUGCCCAGCCCCCUGCAAGAGUCUCGACCCCUCAGCAGAAACCACUCUUACUGUGAGCAAACAUGGGAAAGGAGCUCCCCACAUCCUUGUCCUUGCAGCCCUGACACAAUGGUGGCCUUGCUGCCUUCCAUGCAGAGGUAAGGACCAACGUUGUGUGUUUGGGUUUUUUAGGUUUAGUUUGUUUUUCCUUGUGUUAUUUGUUUGUGAUAGAGCACUUUGAGUGGCUGCAGCACUGGCAGAGAGCAGGAGCCACAGGACCCAGCUCCAGCAGGGGCCAGAGGUUGAGGUUAGGGUUUCUUGGCCAUGCACUUUGAGAGCCUGGCUACUGUCUGCUUUCCUUUUUAUUUGUUCUUCUUGUUUACAGCGUGGAACGCUUCUUUCAUGACUCUUUCUAAU